GUAAAGAUGUUAAUGGCAAAUCUCUGAGGAUUUGUAAUGUAACUGCUUGGCCACUUUACUGUUUCAGCUUACUCAAUGGUCAAUGCUCUUGCCUUUCUUGAACCAGUCUUGGUCCCCGCACGCCUGCCAUUUGUCUGUUUUUCUUCUCCUUAUUAUAUCUCUCUCCUUCUUGAACCUCUCUUUCUUUACAAAAUAUUUCUUCAAAACCCACCAUCUAAACCCUCUUAAAUUAACCGAAUAACAACAAAAAGUCAGUUUAAGAAGAAGAGAGAUGCUUCAAUCGACACACGUUGUACUGGUGGCAGUUUCCAUAGGAGCUCUGUCAAUCCUUUUUAUCAUGUUCAUUUGGCGAUGGUGUUGUUAUAAGCAACCAAAGCAAUUUAUUGAUCCCAAUCAAACUAGGCCUGAGAAUUUGCAAGCCGGGAUUGCACAACUUCACCGGGCGGCUUUGCAUAAUCAUCUUGAUUUGGAUAGCAAGAGAAGAGGAAGUUAUUAUGUUUUCCGUCGAGGGGUUCCGACGAUGCCGUUGUUCAACUGGGCUGAUCAUCCAGCGCUUGUUACAGACGCUGUUGAAAAUGGAUGGUCUAGAUUUGGUUUCACAAACUACAUGUCGUCAUCUCCAUCAUCUCGGUCAAGCCUGUUAGGAUUAUGUGCAGUUGGUGAUUAUGGAAGAGAAACACAAACGGAUAUAACUUGGGAAGUUUCUCCGGGGUCAGCUGAUUUUAUGCAAAAGAUUACGCUAAAUUCAGGGUUAAAGAAAGUCAGCCUAAACAAUCCUUCUAUGGCCGCUGCUUCUGUUAUUAGAACUUCUUUGCCUUUGCCAGGGCCACCCCUGGGAAACUCUGCUUUUCCCCAAGAGGCUUUUUUCGAAAUCACAAUUCUACAUUCACGUGACGAUCGUGAACUAAACGGAAAAGUCAGGGAAGGUGAGAAGAUUAAACUCAUCCAAGAAAAUUCUAAUGAAAUGGCCAAUUCAGAGUCUUUAGUCCAUGUUACCAGCACUCAUAAUAUUAACAAGAUUGAAGAUUUGAAGCUUGCUGGUAAAGAUGAUAGCAGAGGUGAAGCAGUGAUGUUAUCUUUGGGACUCACUGCUGGUGGUUCUCUUCCUUUAAGACUCCCAGGAAGCUAUCCAGGAUCAAUCGGAUUCAACUCUAAUGGUUCUGUGUAUCUUGAUGGGAUUAAACUAGCUUUUGAAUCCGAAAAAACAGAAUGGGGAAGAACAGACAAGGUAAUUGGUUGUGGGUUUGACCCAAGGCAAAAGAAGGUGUUUUUUACAGUGGACUCAGAGCUAGUGCAUGUAAUCCAUUGCAAGUCUGAGGAAUUUGGGUCUCCACUAUACCCAACAAUUGCAGCAAAUGAUGAUGUUAUAGUUCUUGUCAACUUUGGGCAAAGCGCAUUCACAUAUGCACCAGCAAAUGCUCAACGGACAUCAAAUCCAUGCUUCAUUGGCCCUCUUGUGAAUUCCCCAGCUGCUGCUCUUGGAUAUGAAGACAGCAAAGAGCUAUUCUCCAUGGGAAGAAUUGACUCUCAGUGGCUUAACCGACCGACAAUGAAAGGCGGAAACAAUCCAGGGAAUCAUAAUAGAACAUCAGAUUUUGAUGAAGAGUCUGAGGCUGAUUUAUUUGAAAUUGCUUUGGACAGUUCUGGUAGAUCCCCAAACACAGUGUUGUAGCCACAAGAUAGGAGGAUGAUCAACAGAUUUUGGCUUUGGUGCCAUCCAGCUUGUCUUGUUUUUGGUUUGAAUCAUGUGGUUCUUGUGCGAGUGGCAUCUUCGAAGUACAAAGACAGAGAAUCAGAGUUUUACAACGAGAUUUAGAGGACUAUACAUGCAUAUAUUUUUACUUCUCUAACUUGUGUCUUUUAUACUUUUGCCUUCUCAAGCAUUCAUUUCUUUGUACAUAUUCAAUGCCAAUGUUUCAUUGAUCUUUAACAUCCCUUUUCACUCAAUAACUGAAGGUCAGUUGUGAUUUUCUUUA